GCAGAAACGUAUAGGUAGCCGGGGAUAGCAUCCUGGCUAAUCCAGUCGGCUUUUCGUUGAGCGCACUGUCAUCGCUGUUAGUCAGUUAGCUAGGUAUGUUGUAUAUUUAACCUCGUUAGCUGUUUAGCUAGUCGGAGUUACCAGAGGCAAGUGCCGUUUAUUGCCACCAAUACAUAGCUAGCCGCUAAGAUUGCUACCUAACUGGGUAGCAAGCUACAGUGAUAUUUGAACUAGUCAGGUACCAAGUGGUGUGAAUAAUUGAUCAACAACGACGAUUUAAUACAUUAUGUUCUUAUUGUCGGUUCCGCUAAGCCUCGUGUGUGAAUUUUUACGUCGUCGGUAGCUCGAUCCCUUGAACGUUAGCUAGCCAGUUUCUGCUCAGAGCACAAGGAGAUCUAAAUGGAAAUUUAAGAAGAGGUCGCGACCUAGUUCAUAGUGACAAUGAGCUGUGGCGGCGUAUUGAUGGAGAAGGUUCAGGACCUCAGCCAAUCAGAGCUGCAGGAUCUGGUGGACAAUGCCGAGAAGGUGGAGUCAAUGGUUUUGGAGUCUGAUGAGAUACAGACCAUGCAGCUGGAGAGGGAGAUGGCCCUGGCCUCCAACCGCAGCCUGGCCGAGCAGAACCUGAGCCUGAAGCCGCGUUUGGAGCGGGAGAGAGACCGGCUGGUGGAGAAGUACUCCGAGCUGGAGGGAGUGAGGGAGAGAUACCGUCAGCUGUGCACCCAGAGAGAUGGCAUCAUGGGACAGGUGACGCCAGAGGGCCUGUUCUCCAGGCUACAGACAGAGGGCGCCAACACAGAGGCCGAAUCUGAGACGCUGGCAGAUCAGUUCCUGGAGGGCUCCCUGUCGCUGGACUCCUUCCUGGAGCGCUUCCUGUCUCUGCGCUGUCUGGCCCACAAGAGGCGAGUGCGGAUAGAGAAGCUGCAGGAGAUCCUGCGUCAGAAGCGGGAGGACGGGGCUCCGCUGGGCGCCGUGACGUCACAGCAAAGCGCCGGCCGGGAGGCGGCGGCGCCGUCGCCAUGGCAACCCCCGCUGCCGCACCAGCAGCAGCAGACAGAGGUGCGGCAGAACAGCGAUGCCGACGCCAAACCCAACCACGUCAGCUUCCCCAACCCACCGCAGCCGGUCACGUCCCCCCCUCUGCCUUACACUCCAUACCCCGUCUCCCCCCCGAACCCGCCCCCCGCAGGGCAGGGUCCAGGCCCCGCCAUCCCCCCCGGGCAGUUCGCACCCUACCCCCGCCAGGCCUUCGCGCCCGCCCCUGCCUUCUCCCCUCACCCCGGCUUCCGGCCUCCCACCUGCCCCUACCCCGGCCAGCCCACUUUCCCCAGUCAACCCGGCUCCCAGUUCCGGCCGUACGGCUCGCCCACCCCUCCCUACCCCUCUCCUUACCCCGGCCCGGGGUAUAACUACCCCUGCGGCCCCUCACUGCCCCCCUCCCAGCCCCCCCCAGGUGGGCCGCUCUACAGACCAGGGUUUGGUGUCCCACAGCCCUAAUCUUAAACCCAUCUCCUUCUCUCACAGUCUUUACCCCAUCUCACACUAUCUCUACCCCAUUCUCCUCUCCUCCACUCUCUCUCUCUGCAUCUCUCUCUCUCUCUCUCUGUCUCUCUC